AUGGAGCUGAAGGUGUGGGUCGACGGAGUCCAAAGGAUUGUUUGUGGAGUCACAGAAGUUACAACUUGUCAGGAAGUGGUUAUAGCCCUUGCCCAGGCUAUAGGCCGUACCGGAAGGUAUACCUUGAUAGAAAAAUGGAGAGAUACAGAAAGACAUUUAGCGCCUCACGAAAAUCCGAUCAUUUCUCUGAACAAAUGGGGACAGUACGCAAGCGACGUGCAACUCGUCUUGCGGCGUACCGGGCCGUCGCUUAGCGAGCGGCCGACUUCGGACAGCGUCGCUCGGAUCCCGGAAAGGACUUUGUAUCGGCAGAGCCUCCCUCCCUUGGCCAAGCUCAGGCCUCAGAACGACAAGUCGAUUAAAAGGAGAGAGCCCAAACGCAAGUCCUUGACUUUCACCGGCGGCGCCAAAGGGUUGAUGGACAUUUUUGGGAAGAGCAAAGAGCACGAGUUCAAGCAGAAGGUCCUCCACUGCAAGACCACGGUGGAUGAGUUGAAAAAGCUGGUGCACCUCCAGACGGAGAAGUUGCAGUCGGUGGAGAAACAGCUGGACACCAACGAGGCCGAGAUCAGAUACUGGGAGCAGAGGUUCAGCUUCAGCCUGGAGGACGAGAUCCUCAAGCUGGAGCAGAAGAUCAAGCGGAACGAGGUGGAGAUCGAGGAGGAGGAAUUUUGGGAGAACGAGCUCCAGAUUGAGCAGGAGAACGAGAAGCAGCUGAAGGAGCAGCUGCAGGAGAUCCGGCAGAGGAUAUUGGACUGCGAAAGCAAGCUGAAGGACUACGUGGUCCAGAUCCACCACAUGGAAAGCGGCCUGGAAGCGGAGAAGUUGCAACGGGAAGUCCAGGAGGCUAAAGUCAACGAAGAAGAAGUCAGAGAGAAGAUCGACAAAGUCAGACGAGAGCUUGACCUCCACGGCCAGCAAAGUCUCCGCCUGGAAAAUGGCAUCAAAGCGGUGGAAAGGUCUGUGGGUCAAGCGGCCAAGCGGUUACAGGAAAGAGAACAAGAACUGGAGCAGCUGACAAAAGAACUGCGUCAAGUCAACCUCCAACAGUUCAUCCAACAGACGGGGACAAAAGUCACGGUCCUUCCGGCUGAACCCAUUGAAUUGGAGGCUUCACACCCAGAGCUUGAGAAAGAACCCGUCUUUCAGACCAGCUCCCUCAAACGCCCGAGUUCCUCAAGGCAGCUUCCCAGCAACCUCCGGAUCUUGCAGAACCCGCUGUCCUCUGGUUUUAACCCCGAGGGCAUUUACGUAUAA